AAAAGUUUACUUAAUUGGAGCAUCUAGUGGUUGCCGUACAGAUAUAUUUUAGUGAUGAAAAGUUGAUUAUUGCCAUUAGGUCUUUGUGACCAGUUAACUGUAAUUGCAAUGUGGUUAUUCUGAACACCAGCAUGUCUGCCAACGACGAUUCGCCAACCCAGGCUAAACAUGGCUCCUUCAAUUUGGGAGACGUGGUCACCCGCCGUGCUAAAGUCCUUACUGAUGAAGAAAAGAUUCGCCUCGAGGAGCAGAACAAACGAAUGGUCACGGACUUCCAAGCCCGAAAACUGGAGCUGGAAGCACGUAAACAUUGGGAUCUGUUCUAUAAGCGGAACGAAACUCGGUUUUUCAAGGACCGCCACUGGACGACGCGUGAGUUUGAUGAAUUGCUGGCAGGUGACACUUCCGGCGGUGAACAGAGCGCCAACGUAAAAACCAUGCUCGAGAUCGGCUGCGGUGUGGGAAAUCUAGUGUUCCCAUUAAUAGAAGACGGACAUCGAGGUUAUUUCAUCUACGCUUGCGAUCUGUCGCCACGUGCCGUUGAAUUAGUGAAGCAACAUAACCUGUACGACGAACAGUACAUGAAAGCGUUCCCAUGCGAUAUCACCACCGCGGAGGUUUUUGAAACGAUCCAAGAGGCUAGCCUGGACAUCGCGACGCUAAUAUUCGUUCUUUCGGCUAUACAUCCGGACAAGUUCGAGUUGGUCGUGAAAAACAUCUUCCGGUUGCUGAAACCCGGAGGGAUGCUUCUCUUCCGGGACUACGGCUUGUACGAUAUGGCUCAGUUGCGGUUCAAACCGGGGCAUAAAAUUGCGGAGAAUUUCUACAUGAGACAAGACGGUACCAGAAGUUACUACUUUGCGGAGGAUGAAGUCAGCGAUCUGUUUCGGAGCGCUGGAUUCGAAGUGGUCGUCAACAGUUAUAUUCACCGGCGGACGAUCAACCCGAAGGAGAAGAUUGACGUACCGAGAAUCUUCGUGCAGAGCAAGUUCCGGAAGCCAUGCGGAUGAA